AACAAGAGCAGAGACCUGACUACAGGACUGGGAUCCAUCAGUAGAACCGAGCAGGAGGGCUGCACAGAGCAAGACCCACAGUUAUGGCCGAGCAGGGACAAUUCACCUUGGAACUCUUCGUAAAGGCCAGCGAUGAUGGUGAGAGUAUUGGCAACUGCCCGUUCUGCCAGCGCCUCUUCAUGAUAUUAAUUCACAAAGGGGUGCCCUUCACCCUGACAACCGUCGACAUGAAAAGGGCCCCAGAAGUGCUGAAAGAUUUGGCCCCUGGUUCCCAACCACCAUUUCUCCUCUACAACAAUGAAGUUAAAACAGACACCAACAAGAUCGAAGAGUUUUUGGAGGAGCUUCUCCAACCCCCCAGUUAUCCCAGGAUGACUCCCAAGUAUAAAGAAUCAAACACGGUGGGAAACGACAUAUUCCACAAAUUCUCGGCUUAUAUCAAGAACCAACUGCCAGCUCAGGAAGAAACUCUACAGAGGAACCUGCUAAAGUACCUACUGUUAUUGGACCAGUACCUGCUGGCUCCUCUUCCACACGAAAUCAAAAACAACCCAAACCAAAGGGUCUCACAUAGGAAGUUCCUGGACGGCGACAAUCUGACCCUGCCUGACUGCAACUUACUGCCCAAACUUAAUAUCAUCAAUACCGUUUGCAAAUACUACCGAAAGUUUGAGAUUCCCAGAGACCUUGAAGGGGUGACCCGCUAUUUGGAGAAUGCGUCGCAGAUGAAGGAGUUCAAGUACACCUGCCCCAACACAGAGGAGAUCCUACUGUUCUACCGCACUGUGGUUAAGCCAAUGAAGUAAAGGAUUCCCAGCGCACCCCCUGUUAAGACUGAGCACAUGGACACAAGAUAAAAGUGCAAGAGAGCCGCCAUCUUUUCCCAGUGCUGUCCCUCCUCUCUGGCACUGACACAGCAAAACAGCUUAUGACCAGGCACAGAAGGACUUUGAUAAGACAUUAAGUGGCAAUUUAGAAAUUCAUCAACACCGCCAGAUCCGUUACUAUGGCUGGGCACAAUACUGAUCCGUGUAUAGAAGUCUGGGAUCUCAAAUAUUUAAUUCAUUUUAUUUAAAGCUACAAUAUUUAGUGCAACAGCCAUAAGUUGCAAAUAGAAAGUUAUAUAUAUAUAUAUAUCUCUUUUAUAGCUAAUGAGCAAUGAAUUUACAUUCUGCAUGGCGGCACAGAAGUUUGUACAGUCUGCAGCAUGCAUGUCAUAAUUGUACCCAGCUCUCCUCAGGCAAUGUUUCUAUACGAGCUAUAUAUAUAUAUAUAUUAUAUAUAUAAUACACAAUAAUAUCCUGUAAAUGAUGUUCUUAUAUACGGUGCUUAGUGAUGUCAUUGCUUAUAAUCGGAACUUAGUGAUGUCAUUUCUGUCACAUGACUCAUGUGUAUUAUAAGAAAUAAAGUUCCCCUGUUGCAAAAUAUGAGGAUAUUAGAAGUCACCCCGGGGUUCCAUGACCUUCGGCCUCGUGCUUUGAUAUGGUCAUGGAACUUAUAAUAUCCUUAUAUUUUACAAUAGGGGUACUUUAUUCACUAUAUAUAUAUUGCUUGGAAAGAUUAAAAUGUAUCUAUGCUAACCACAAGCUAAUUGUGAAUGGAAUGGAAAUGGAAUUAAUUGCGUUACAAAAUAAAGAUUUUUUUCCUGUU